AUGCAAGGUCAUUGAUCUGGCGAGUUCUGGAAUGUCAUGUGUCCGUCGUCUCUGUCAUCCAAGCCAAACACGUACGGGCCCUCAUGAAUCCAUCCAUCCAUUGAUGCGAAGCCAAAAGUGGUCGUGACUGUAGACACUCCACGCGUUUCAUGCGAUGACCAACACACAUACGAAACGGUCUGUCGGUCUGCCUUUUUCCCCUCACUCCUCCUCUGUCUUCAUGACUGUGUCCUGUGUGCCUGAUCGGUGUGUGUCUGUUUCUUGACCUUCUGCUUGGCCUGGCUCCAACGCAACACAACACCACUCUGACCUCCUGCCUCACCCUGCCCUUUGGCCACUCUGAAUCGCCUCCUGGCCCCCUCCCUCACGCAGUCGACGAGCGAGAACCGAGAGCUGUAGACGUAAGGCAGCGUCAGCACGACAGACGACAGAGAGGGGCAGCUGUCGAAGGUCUCUGCGACGCAGUCGGCGAACGACUUGCACAUGUCCUUGACAGCAGCGAAGGGCAGGCCAGUCUGCCCGCGGCUGUGGCGCAGAGACACACGCAGCUCAAUUUCCAGACGAGACACACGACGCUCCAUGACCUGUCUGCCUGCCUCCCCCUCCCCGCCGUACACACGCCACUGCACAGUCAAGUCAUCGGCUGGCGCUGCGUCGGACUGGCCACCAUGGUAGCCGUACCGGUAAGGCUCAGCGUCAAUCAACAACUUGACUGUCAGAUCCUUGCCUUGACUCGACAGAAAACCCAUACCCUCAGGCACGAGACACAGCUCAGCACUUGGGUCGGGCUUCACACGCACCUCAAACGACACCUCCUCGAGCGACGGCAGCGACCCCAUGCAGACGCCCGCCCCUCCCUCAUACAGGCGCAUACCCGCAUCGCGCUCAUACACACGCAGCGACACCACACUGGGGAAGAGGCAGUGGGCAUUAGACGUGAUAUAGGAUGGGAGGGGCUGCGUGACAGAGGGCUGCACGUGGGCAUGAGCGAGGUAGUGUGUAUAUGCCGGCUGCGGCGGCGGCUGGUUGCGGUAGCUGCACCGGAUGGUCAGCUCUCGGGCCCGCUCGCACACCAGCGGGCUGAGGGCGGCCGUCCCCAUCCCGUCCUCUGCAUGCGACACGAGCGUCACGGGGUUGGCUUUGGCGCAGCACAGCUGCACGGUGGGGAGGCAGGUGGCGAGGGGGGCGACGUCGCCUUCGAAGGGCAGCAGGAGGUGGAAGUAGGUGCUCGUGUGGUACGUCUCGACCGCAUCAGGUGCGAGGCAGGCAGCUCGGAACCGAUGAAUCCUCUGAUGAUAACCAACGCAGAAAUCGACUGCUGGUGAGUCGACGUCUUCUCAUGCUCACCUGGAUAGUUUUGGGUGUCGGCAUAUCGAAGAGGCGCAUCUCAAUCUUCUGCAGCUUGGCUGCCGGGGGGGCUGAGAUGACGUCAAUGAACUCAUCCUCGGGCGCCUUGCCGCCGCCGAGGCCGUAGUUGUGGUUGUAGGGGUAGUAGACGUGGGGGUUGUGGUCGUGGUCCCUGCCCGAGAAUUUGAAGCCGGAGAGGGACGUGAGAGUCUUGGCUGUCACCACAUGGAGGCACGCAAUGAGGGCUGUGUCGAUGGUAAUAUCCGCUGCCGCAACCCUCUCACCAGUUGGGGUGUCCUUGACGGAAGCGGAAACGUCUGUGAGCGACUGACGCACCACAGCAGGACGCACAGCAUGACCAGUCUUGAGUGUGCGACGCUGGGCUGCCUGUUCGGGUGUCUUACGUGAAAGAAGGUAGAGUGGAUGGAUGUCAGGCCCUCAGAUGCGCCGUCAAUCCACGGCACCACCUGCAUAAACACCCACCAACACACGUGUCGCGGCCCGGAAAAUUCGUGUGCUGCAUCCAUUUCCGUGUGUGCGAGGGCUGACCCCGUAAUGCCAAGAGUAUUCCCCGUGGCGACUGAAUAUGGAACCACUCAGGUGCUUGAGGGCCGGGAGUGUGUACUUGCGAUCUCGUGCGACGCCGCCCCACUUCCCAUGGACGGCUGCCUUGUGGAGCUGCGGGAAGAUGAUGUGCUGCUGGGGAGGGGGCAGGUUGUCGUCGGGCUUGUUCUUGACGCCACGCAGGUCGACGCUCUUGAUGCUGUCCUUGAGCUUUUCGAGCAGACGGAUGAGGACGGGUGUGGGGGCGUGAUUGAUGCGGAUGUCCUUACACUUCGAGAAACGACCUGAAGGAAGGCGAUACACAUCUGGAUGCGGACACACGACGCAUGGGGCCUCUGUUUGGGUAUACCGGGCAGUUCCUUGGCGAUGUCAUUGGGUGGUGAGGUGUUGAGUUGGAUGAUGGGGUGCAUGUUGCUGUCCUGGGUGAGGGUGUGGAAGGUGAGGGUGUGGAAGUGGCUGUUCACAGCCGACAGCGAUGUCAGACAUGGCACGAAACCAACGAAGGCUCCAAGUCCUGACACGCCAACAUACCACACACAUGCAUCACCCCCGUCCCCUGGAUACUCGUCGUCCACUCUCUCCUUUGCGUACCGAAUUUCUCCUCGCUGCUCAUCCAGAGGGCCUCAGGCAGCCCCUCGAGGCACGGCGCAACCACCUGCACACACCAAACAAGGGCGAGGAGGACACACAAACGCAUGUGUCCGUGCAUCUCCCAUGUGCGGUGCGCUGACCUGUUGUUGGUGUAGUUUGUCGAUUUUGUCUUGUAUGAUUUGUAGUUUGGCGACGCACUGGUCCAGCUGCCGCUUGACGGUGGUGUCGGUGUGGGUGGCGUGGGCCUCAGCAUCAGCCGUCACCAUCGCCGUCAACACGCGGUAGUGGCGGUCAACGUCCUGCAUCAUCAGCCAGCCACACACACAUACACAUGCACAACAAAUCGCAGGGGAGCAGGCAGGAUGUGUCGUGUCAACUGUGUGUCGUGUCGUCAUCCUCACCUGCAUGCGAUUCUGCUCUGUGUGCGAUCCGGGUGCGGCGAGGCCCAUCUUCAACUCAUACAACUCCUUAGCCUGAACGCAGGCAGGACGACACACACAACACCACACACAUUCCUCUCCGGUGAUCCUCACCCUGCCCCCCUCUCCCUCUCGCUCACCUUUGCUUUGGCGUGUUCGACGCGCUGGAUCUGCGUCUGCAGCUUCUGCGUCUGCAGCUUCUGCGCCACGGCCUUGAGAGCCUCCAGCGGGUCGGCAGGAAACAACUCAACCACAUCCUGACGGGCAAACACACGACACACAGACACCAGCGAGCCAUAGAUGAGCAAUGCCCAAGCCAUGCCGGUCCCUCGCGUGUGCCAUCCCAUCACGUGAUGCGAGCGUACCUCCAUCUGAUGGUCCUCGUCUGCCGCUUGAGCCUUAGAUCUGCCGCCCUUCUUCUUGGGCUUGGCCUUGCCGGCAGCCGCCUUGUCCUUCUUAUCCACCCGCUGCUUCUUCUUAGCGGCCUUGGUGGUGCGGCGGCCCCUCUCCUCCCACCCUGACCCAUCCUCCUUCUCAUCACCGUCGCUGCUCACGCCCACAUCCAUCGACGGCUUUCGCUUCUGACCCACACCUGCCGCAGCCUCAGCCGCAGCGAUGGCGGCCUGACGGGCGGUCAUGCGAUGCUCAACACCUUCUGACGCCAUCGCUGCCGAAGGAGCGAGAAGAACGAGCGAGAAGAACGCGAGAAAUAGGACAAUAGCUCGCGACAUCCUGGCCAACAAAAG